UUGAAAUGAGUCCCGUACACGUGAUGCGUGAGAAUUUUUCGAUACAGGAUGGUAUUCCCGUUAUUGACGAGACUCCCCGUGAGGAGAGGGGAUACGCCUGGUUAAAUAAUUUAUCCACCCCCUCAGAUUCACCUUCAACAACCCCCAGCAGUUCACGACCUCCCUCCCCUACCAUGUACAGUUCCUUCGAGGCAACACUCAUAGAGAAGAUAAAGGCUAGAAUUGAAUCAAAGGAUAAAUUUUUCUCUCUGGAAUUCUUCCCGCCGAGAACAAAAUCAGGUGCUGUAAACCUAUUGUCCAGGUUUGAUCGAAUGCGGAUAGGGAAUCCUCUUUUCAUUGAUGUCACCUGGCAUCCAGCAGGAAACCCUGCAGGGGACGAGGAAACCUCUAGUAUGAUGAUUGCUCAUACUGCUGUAGAGUAUGUAGGUGUUGAAUCAAUGCUGCAUAUGACCUGCGUGGGGUCAAGUAAAGACGACAUAACUGGAUAUCUCCAGAAGGCUAAGAAUCUGGGACUGCGGAAUAGAAUAACUGUGCCGAUUAUCCCUGGAAUUAUGCCGAUACAAUCCUACGACUCUCUAAGGAACAUGGUGAAGCUCUCCAAGCUUGCAGUUCCAGAUGAAAUCAGAAAAAUUGUUGAACCUCUGAAGGACAAUGAUGAUGCAAUUCAAAACUUUGGUAUUCACCAGUGCACUGAAAUUAUCAGGGAUCUCUUUAAUUCUGGUUACGCGCCUGGAAUUCAUUUCUACACAUUGAACCGUGAAGUGUCUACUACGGCCAUCUUGAAAAAUCUCGGACUGUGGUCGGAAAUAAAAAAACCUCUGCCCUGGAGAUUGUCUGCUGAUCCGGCCAGAACUGAAGAGGAAAUACGUCCUAUCUUUUGGACAAACCGGUCUAAAUCAUAUGUACAUAGGACGAGACAUUGGGACGAGUUUCCCAACGGAAGAUGGGGUACUUCUGACUCCCCAGCCUUUGGUGAACUAAAGGACUAUUAUCUUUUUUUCCUGGCGUCGCAGUCUCCUAAACAGGAACUACUCAGGAUGUGGGGAGAGGAACUUCACUCGGAACAGGAUGUGUGGGACGUGUUCACGAAGUACAUCACAGGGGAGGAGAACAGCAAUGGGGUGAAGAUCAACAAGACGCCCUGGAACGACGAUAUGUUGAACAAAGAGACAGGACUAAUCGCAGAACAUCUGGCUAAGGUGAAUAAAGCUGGAAUUCUGACAAUAAACUCCCAGCCAGCAGCCAACUGUGUUCUCAGCUCAGACCCAGUUCUAGGUUGGGGUCCCUCCAAUGGCUAUGUGUUCCAGAAAGCAUAUCUUGAAUUCUUCACAUGUGAGGCAAACGUUCUCGCUCUUCUACAAAUCCUAGGGCGCUUCCCAGGGGUCAACUUUCAGGUUGUGAACAAGGGUGGAGAUGUGAACUCUACAAAUAUAAAACACAAGAAACCGAUUGCUGUUACUUGGGGAGUUUUCCCAGGGCGUGAGAUUAGUCAGCCAACGAUCGUUGAUCCGAUCGCUUUCGAUCAGUGGAGGACAGAAGCUUUUGGUCUCUGGACAGAGCAGUGGGGGAAGCUAUACUCGGAGGAGUCCAAUUCUAGGAAAAUAAUCGAAGAUAUUUCGAACACGUAUUAUCUGGUUAAUCUAGUGGACAACGAUUUUCCAAAGGGCAGCUGUCUGUGGGAGGUCCUGAGUGACAUGUUGGACAGAAGGAAACUCAACGACAAGCUCGAGUCAAAGCAGUCCCUUGAGCACUGGAUUAAAAUACAGAAAAAGAUGGCCCAUUAUUAUUAAACAUUGUAAAUAGUAAUGUUUGGACUAUUUUUGACAAAGAAACCGAAAGCUAAUUUUAUAAUCUCAAUAUCUUUGCAACCUGAUGUUGAAAACCUUUAAUAUUUCAAACCAAGAAUUCAGUCAAGUCAAAUAAGUUUGAAAAAUUAAAGGUUGGAAAGACCUUGGGUUUUGAAGAUUAGAGUUGUACAAAUUUUUAAAGAAAUUUUGCACAGAUUUUUGCACAGACGCCUUUUAAGAGAAUUUGCACUUUUUUAGGUUUUUCUUGGAUAAACAUUUUGGUUUUAAUAAUUUUGCAAAUUUUUGCACAUUUUCAAUUGCUGGGUCAAUGUCUUUUCAAGAAUGUAUAAUUUGUUGCAUUCGCUGAAUUUUUUUUUGCAAAUUUUUAAUAACUAGAUUUCGCAAUAAAUAUUUGGGUUUUUUGAGAAUUUGCCAUUAUAUUGCAGAUUAUUAAAGUAGAGCCCAAGGGCUUUCUAAAAACGUAUCCAAUGUUAUAGAUUUGUAUAACAAUAAGAAAUUAGAGGGG